AUGCAUAGGGGACCCAUAACAGAGCCUUAUGAAACAUGCAUAGCUGAGAGAGGAGACGUGAAAGAGUCUGACAUAGAAUACCGGCAACUGGACCGACUCAGGCUAGGGAAGAGUUUAAGAAUUUCUUGUCCGAUGUUUUUUCCUCAUAAUGGUGAAAUCGAUCAGCCUUGGAAACUUCCCCGUCUAGUUGUUGAAGGAUACCACCAAGUCCUAGCAGUAACUGCAAGGCUAGAAGCUGGAACAAACCUAACAAAAUUCAUCGUUCUCUUUACCAAAUCUGCAGCUUUCACUUGUGUACUGAUUGCCUACCUCGAGUUGAUGGAAAAUGAAAACAAUGUGACAGAAUUCAUUCUAUUGGGACUCACGCAGGACCCAAGGAUGCAGAAAAUUAUCUCUGUUGUGUUUUUAAUAAUCUACAUAGUCACCAUGGUGGGAAACCUGAUCAUUGUGGUCUUUGGAGAGCAUUUUAUUGCCGGGGUUGAAAUCAUUCUCCUCACAGUGAUGGCCUAUGACCGUUACGUGGUGAUAUGUAAGCCGUUGCAAUACACGACCAUCAUGAGCAGACAUCUCUGUAGCUCACUGGUGGCCAUGGCCUGGGCCGGAGGCUUCCUUCACACCGCAGUUCAAAAUCUCUUCAUGGCACAUUUGCCAUUCUGUGGUCCCAAUGUCAUCGACCACUUUAUGUGCGAUUUAUACCCCUUGCUGAAACUGGCCUGCUCCGAUACUCACAUCUUGAGCAUGCUGGUUACUUUUAACAGUGGUGGCAUGGGCGUGUUAAUCUUUCUCCUGCUGAUGAUUUUCUAUGCCUUCAUCUUGCACUCCCUGAAGACCAACAGUGCCGUGGGUAAACUCAAAGCUCUCUCCACCUGUGCCUCCCACUUCACCGCUGUCAUCCUCUUCUUUAUUCCGUGCAUCUUUGAAUAUGUGCAGCACACAACUACCUCAUCCAUUGAGAAGGCUGUUACAGUGUUUUAUACUAUAAUAACCCCCAUGCUAAAUCCCUUCAUCUACACAGGCAUUUUUUCCGGGGGAAUGGAGGCGGGGAAUCAGUCAGGUCCGGACCCGGAAGGGGGGUACUGGGGGGCUCUUGGAGGAUAG